CGCGUGUUCUGUAAUCCAGCAGUCUUUAGGUGUGCAGAGCGAUGACUGACUGCAGAUUUAAUUUAACUAACUGACUAUUGGUUGAGUGCGUUCACAUAAUGCAACAACAACUGUACUAAGAAAUCGCCAAGAAGCCUUGGGGUAGGCGAGGACACACCCGCAUACUGUACCUCUCCUCUGCGCCCCUCCUCCCCGCCCCGUUACGCACAAUACGCCGGUGCGCUACGGCAGACAGUGGCAGCCGGGAUUUAAGGAAUGAGAGGUCUAUUUGCCGUUUCCAUCACGGCCACACGGACACUGGUGUGCUCUAUCCUCACUUCGAGAAGGCAGACGUGACUUCUGGCAACUAGAGGAACCCUGGGGUGAUUUGGAAGUUUAUCCAAUCAACCCACCCAGUAACACGCUGUGGCCCUUAGCUCUCUACGGCGUCCAGCCCCAUUCUGUGUGGAUUCCCUCCCUCCAUUUUACCACCCUGAGGUGCCCUACUUUUGUGAAAAGUGCAGGUCUCAACCUCCUGCAUUAUGACUGUGGCCACAGGCGACCCCUCGGACGAGGCCGCAGCACACCCUGGCUUUUCUCAGGACUACGACCCCGGGGCAGAACAGGAAUGUUGCGAGAGAGUGGUCAUCAAUAUCUCGGGUCUAAGAUUCGAGACGCAACUCAAAACUCUCUCACAAUUUCCAGAAACAUUACUAGGGGACCCCAAGAAGCGGAUGAGGUACUUUGACCCACUACGAAAUGAAUAUUUUUUUGAUAGAAACCGUCCCAGCUUUGAUGCAAUCCUCUACUACUACCAGUCCGGGGGAAGGUUGCGGCGACCUGUAAAUGUCACUUUGGAUGUCUUCUCAGAGGAGAUCCGCUUCUAUCAGCUUGGAGAAGAAGCAAUUGAGAUAUUCAGGGAGGAUGAGGGAUUUAUCAAGGAAGAGGAGCGACUGUUGCCUGACAACGAGUUUCAGAAGCAGGUCUGGUUGCUUUUUGAGUAUCCCGAAAGUUCUGGGCCUGCCAGGAUUAUAGCGCUCAUAUCCGUUAUGGUGAUCCUCAUCUCCAUUGUCAGCUUCUGCCUGGAAACCUUGCCCAUCUUUCGCAGCGAUGAAGAGGAGAUGCGAAAAGUCCCUAUUGUUGUCACCAACAUAACAAACAGUAGCACAUCCACCUACUUUACAGAUCCAUUCUUCAUUCUAGAGACACUAUGCAUCAUCUGGUUCUCCUUCGAGUUCUUGGUGCGCUUCUUUGCAUGCCCGAGUAAAGCCAGCUUUUUUGUGAACAUAAUGAACAUGAUUGACGUGGUGGCCAUCAUCCCCUACUUCAUUACGUUAGGAACAGAGUUGGCGGAGAAGGCAGAGGAUGGGCAGCAAGGGCAACAAGCCAUGUCUCUUGCGAUUCUGAGGGUCAUCAGACUUGUACGAGUCUUUAGGAUCUUCAAACUCUCUCGCCACUCCAAGGGACUUCAGAUUCUAGGCCAGACCCUUAAGGCCAGUAUGAGAGAAUUAGGCUUGCUUAUUUUCUUCCUCUUCAUUGGGGUCAUCCUCUUUUCCAGCGCUGUCUACUUUGCAGAGGCGGACGAACCCGAGUCACAGUUCUACAGCAUCCCGGAUGCCUUCUGGUGGGCUGUGGUUUCAAUGACGACCGUCGGCUAUGGAGAUAUGGUGCCAACAACCAUCGGAGGUAAGAUUGUGGGGUCCCUCUGUGCCAUAGCUGGUGUGCUGACCAUUGCCUUGCCCGUGCCUGUCAUUGUUUCAAACUUCAACUACUUCUACCAUCGUGAGACAGAAGGUGAAGAGCAGGCACAGUAUCUGCAGGUCAACCCCUCAAAAGCUGAUUCUCAAGAAGAGCUAAGGGGUAGUCGAAGUGGAUCCACCAUCAGCAAGUCUGACUACAUGGAGAUCCAUGAAGGGGUAAACAACAGCAAUGAGGACUUUCGAGGAGAUGAAGAGAACAUCAAGACAGCAAAUUGCACUCUAGCCAAUACAAAUUAUGUUAAUAUCAAAAAAAUGUUGACAGAUGUGUAGUCAUUUGGGAGAAGCAGAAGGUCAGAAAUGAAUUAUAAAAAGACCUUCAGAUUGCCUAAUCUCUGAAGCCAUUAGGCCAUGUUCGAAGGAGGAUUGUGAAGUAAGAGCACCUCAGUUGUUGACAUGAGAUUUCUGAUCUCUCUCCCAUUUCUCAUCGAAAGUCCAAUCCAACAUCUUUGGUCCGUCCACAAUCCAGGUAUUCAUCAGUGUUUGCAUGGAAUUUGUGUCUGUGUCUCAUCAAACACCUUAUCCAGAGAAGUAGCCAAGUAUCCAUGUGGAACUAGAGAAAGAUUAAUCUUUGUUAUCUCCGUCAAAUAUCUUACUCUAAAAGCCAAGCUUCGCCAAAGAAAUGUAAUUUGUUUGCUUCAUCUGCUGUAAAAACAUUUAGUCACAUUCAAUAUAUGAUUCAAUAUAUGAUCCAUUCUGCUGCUGAUUGUUAAAAAACAUUCAAGAAAAUAUUCAAAAUGAAUGCAGUUUUGUAUUGUUUUAGAAUUAGUGUAAUUAUCAUCAGACUGAAAAUGUCUUAGAAAACUGUCUGCUUCUGUGUUGUACUGUAUGUGGAUCCAAAAUAUGUAUGUCUGGGAAACACUUGCAACUAUUCCUUCACAAAAGUCUUACUGCAAAGCUUUUAAAGACAAACUGAAUGUCUUUUCAUGUCAUAUUUUACGUUAUUUAUAAUCUGUUGUGUCCUAAACGUUUUAUUUUUGGCUUAGGCCACAUUCACACUAGUACGUUUUUGAUCGAAAACCCUGGAAUUGUGUUUUCCUUCACCAAAAACUGAAACUUUCAAAAACGCUCUUUAGUAAUGCAAACUUUGGAAAAAAGGAUGAUGUUAGGAAACUGUAAACUGAGUUUUCAGCCAAAAACGUAUAAGCCAAACAUAGCGCAAGCUUGAUUUUAUGCAUUGUUUCGUUACAAAAUGCGUCAGACAUCAAUUCAUAACUCAACGUAAGUAUGCAUUCUCAACGUUAGCGGACAUUAGUGUGAACUGUCUGCUUCUAUGCUGAAUUUUCUCCUUCAAGUCAACUACUGUCAUGGUGGACUAACCGGUUUAAAGAGAAUUGCUGAGCAAGUAAGUUAGUCAAUAUAUUUAUAGCAACUUACCAGAAUAAUAACACAUCUGGUUUUAUGGCACAAACUUUUAAAGGUAACUUUAUCACCCAAUUGAGUACCCAGGUUUAUUACUGCCACAGUAACACAAGAACACACGUUAUCUGGUUGGGUCUGCAUGUUUCUGACCUUAGUGUGGAUGUGUCCUUUGUCUAUGUCUUUCAUUUCUAGAUAUAGUUUGAAUAUUACCUCUUUUGUUUAAAUUUUUCUGGAGCAUACAGGACAUGUUAAAAGAAACGUGCAAAAUAACACCCACAGAAAAAAUUAUUGCUUAAUGUAUUAAAAGCAUACUGUCCAGUGUAUAUUCCAUUGUUUCUGCCAUAAGCUGCAGAGAUAGUCCAAAUGUAGUUGAUAUUCAAAUUAAUAUUCAAAUACCACCAAAUGAGCCAUAUUGUAGUUCACACUGUAAAGUCCCCAAGCAAAUUGUUUGCAAACCCAUAAAACAGAGUUGUAGCAAUGAUGUCAGAAUAUUUUUAAUGACUGGCUUUGCUUUUUCGGCUUUGGCUAUCAUCUUGAAAUUAUUUUCAGAUGUUAGAACAACGUUUGUGAAGCUUGUUGGAUAUUAUACUGUAUCUCCCUUUUACUGCCUUUGAUUGAGAAAGGCACUGAUGAUAUAGUAUUGCAUGACCUCGAAACCAAUCAUGGCAUGGAUUUUCUGCUCAAGAGACAGUGAUGUCCAGAAAAUAGUUAGCUAGAUAUUAUGACAACAUGUAUCUUGCCCUGUAUAUAUUUACAUAUACAUAUAUUUUUAUCUGUAUCAUUUUAUAAUGAUCCAAAAGGUGCUGCUUUCAGUUUUCAGGUUUUGAUGUCGGAAGGCAUAGGGAGAGAGAGACACAGCAUACCUUCAGUGUUCGAUUUGGAAGUACAGGUUAGCUUUAAAUGGCGACAGUUGGCUUGUUUCAGCUGCAGUCGCAAUGAUACAGAUGGUUUUAGCUUCGAGUGACCUUGAGAUCUCUCACAUCCAUGAUCUAAGCUUACAUUUGUCUCUUGCGAAUACAAUGAAUCAAUAGAGAGUCGUGAGCUUAUGAAACUAAGGAAGUCGAUUAUGGAUUCUUUUUCACUGACUUCAAUAAAGGUUUUAGCUCUAGUUGUUGACUCCUUAUCAUGUCCUCACCUUCAACUUACAUCCGUUAUCAUGGCAAUAAACAUUUAAAAAAUUAUGUUCCUUGUUCUUUAGACACAAUAUCUUGAGACUGUUUUUGGGACAUGACUGUGUACCUUAAGAAGGCCUCUCACACAUACAGCUGGGUUGCAGGUGCCUUUGUAUUCAUCCCUAUAAUAGUAUAUUUUAGUGAACUUUAUGUGCUGAAGCUGCUAAUUUAGUAGCAGAUUCUGCAUUCACAGCUGCUGCUAAAUGUGUUAGUCUUUUUUAAAUUCAUACAAGAACAUAGACAUCACUGCAAUGGGUAGUUGAAAUAUAGUUAAUAACUUUAAUUUUAUCCCUUUAACAAAAAGUCUAAGUAGGGAUAUAAACCAGACCUACCCAAACAGAAAGAACGUGCCUAAGAAAUGUACUAAACUUACACUUGGUUGCUUUAGUGCAGCUAAACAGUAGGUUUUCUAUGUAUGAUAUUGGAGACUAUGCUGUUGGUGAGACAGAUGUAUCAUCCUAAUCCUAAACUUUGUCACUGUAAAUUUAUACUUAAUGUGUGGCCAUAUAAAGUAUAUUGUGUUUUUGUUUCAGGCAGCAUCAAAUGUCAGGGCUAACAGUACCUACUUUUUAUAGUAGGCACAUUAGUGGAAUAUUGGAAAACCUGAGUCAUUGCUUUGGUUGCAGGUGCACCAACAUCUCGUAUCACAUUUGUAUUUUGUGUUAAUUGUAAAUAUCAUUUGAAAGGCUAAAUGGCAGCACUGAAUGUCACACUGCUCAUUUGUAAUCAUCUAUAAUCAGUCCAACUGCUACGAUUUAGAAAGAUGCAAAUCAACAUAUGCAAUCUCCUUUUAUUGAUAUGGUGUUCACAAAUGUUGAUAGGUUUUUAUUUAAAGAAUAAAUGGCUGGAGAGAAAAGGCUUAAAGACGAAAGUCAAUGAAACAACUGUUAAUUUAGAGAAUUUGCUAAAACAAUAACAAAGAUAUCUCAAUUUUAAUGUAAUGUUGACCUUAAGAACACACUGGCACUGUCAUGUGAUUUUAAUAUGGGUUUUAAUUGCAUUUAAUUUGCAAUAACUGUGGCACCAUGGUUUGAUUGCCUUUGUCCAUCCUAUAAUGAAUAAGAUGAAAUAAUCCUUUGCUAUUGCUUAAUUAUACAAUACAGUGUGUGUGUGUGUGUGUGUGUGUGUGUGUGUGUAUGUGUGUGUGUUGCUCUUCAGACCCUAUACCGUAGCUUGUGCUCAACAGCCAGACUGGAGAAGUCUAGAGAUAAACGACACCACAAUAGGUAGAGUUGAGUUGAAUUGGGUCUCUUUUUUUAUCUGUUCUGGCUGCAGAGGACAAGGCUCCAACCCAAAGACAUUCUAUUAAACAUUUUGUUGUCCCAUUAGUGUGAUCCUGGACCAGUCCAGUGAUUUUCACUCUACGAUGCAGCCAUGGUUCUUAGUAUGUAUAAGACAACAGUUCAGAAAAGCAGGUAGUGUCUUCAGCAUUACAGGAUUUAAAAGAUGCACUUUACGAGUACCACCAAUGGACAAUAUGGACUGAGAAAAUGCAUAUAACCCAGCUGAUCAAUACUGUCCUACAGCAACAACAAAAUGA